AUGUGCGAGACCAAGGUCAGCUGGGCCAAGCUCCGUAGGUCAAGGAUUGAAAAACUCGAUGACAGCGGCACGGCCCGACCCGCAGGGCAGGCAGGAAACAAGUACCUAGAUUGCAACACAGAACAGUGGGGAUAUCCUUACAGGUGUGGCCAGACUUUUGAGCUGGUACGGUACCCCAGUCCCGUCAUCAUGACGUCUUGCCUGUUUGUUCUUCCUUACUUUGGCGGAAUGAUUGCAUCGCGUCGCGAAACGCUGGGCCCAGACUUUUCACCGGGCAUUGUGGAUAGAGUCCUUUCCCCCGGCGCAGAAUCGGAUAAUAGAAGACGAGGCCAUCCUGAGCAGCUCAUCACCGUUGCUGCGGAUUCACGCCAACGAGUCCUCGAGGCUUGGAAUGGCCUUGUCGAAGCUUACGCUGACAAGAUCGACCAACUUGACGCUGCCGUCCGCCUUGACGUCCUGCCUUUUCCCUCGUGGCUGCGCGGUCGGAUCGCUCAGGAUCAGUUGCGUGGGAUUCUGCAGGCUGUCUUCAGUCACCAUUGGGACACAAAGGUCGCCAACAAACGGAACGAAACCGCCUACCGUAUCAAGGCCGCCACACACCUCGGCCUUGACUCCCACUGGGACCUCUAUCUCUUCUUUGGCCACGCCACUGUUGCCUCUCGCACAUGCUGGCUUAACCUCCCCCAUAAUAUCGACGCCCUUGCCCUCUUCUCCCGGCUCCUGCGCGUCCGGGGAACUAGCCCGAAUUAUCUCCGCCAACUCUUUCGCCCGCGCGAGUUCACGAUUGCAAAGAAGGCUGUCAAUCCAGCUCCUGUCACAUUAACCAAGUCACGGGGAAAGGAGAUUAUCAACAAAGCCUCCUCAUCCUCUGCCGCCGCCGCGACGCAAGGUCAAGCGCAGCCCAAGGUUAAUCGAAAAGCCGUCGACACCAUCAACAGGGGCUCUCCGGACCACGACCGCACGCCUGUCCGAGAUGACCUGCGGGAGCAAAGAGACCAUCGAUUCAGGCCAUUCACGACUGGCCAACCAACCACUGACAUUACGUCAGAUAUCGAUCAACACCAAGUUGGACGAACAGACUCUGUUUCUAACGACGAAGAGGAAUGCCACACGCCUCAGGAGUUUUCUUGCUCCCGCACGAACCGCUUCCGCGACCGCGAGAUCGCUUCCCACGCUUCAGACGACGACGACGACGCUUUCCAAGACAGCGGAUUUUUCUCAGGCAUGGGUGAAGAGACGCUACGGCCUGGUACUGACACGGGGUCGGAUGCCGAGAGGAGCUCUGCAAGCCCGAGAAAAGAGGCAAAGGAAGACACAGAAGUGCAACAGGUUCUUGACGAAGUGCAGCAGACGCUAGCCCGGCUGCAGGCCAUUGAGGAGCAGACCGAGGGAUGCAUUGACGAGGAAGAUGAGUGGUGCUCUAUCUCCAAGGCAAAUGCAGAGGCUAUCGGAUCGCAGCAACAGAUCGACAAGGACAUGGCCCUGUUGGUACGGAGGAAACGUGUUGCCGACCGAGCGUUGGAGGCAGGCAGAGCCAAGCGACCACGGGUGCGUGAGGCGAGUAGAUGGGCAUCACAGGAUAAUGAGAUACGACCUGUAUUCCUCAAGGAAACGUACGUCCAGACUUUGUCCCGCACCCUGGCCUCCAGCUUAGCAGGGAGACGAUUGCGGGUGCAGGCAAACCGUCAAGUCCAUUCGCACAGAGUUAAUGCACCGUUGAGCUCUUCCGACAGCGGUGGCGACGGGGGGCCCUCCCACCAGGGCCAGCAGGACGACUGGUCCAGCUCAGCAAAAACAGCAGCCAGCUGCGCCCUCUUAGUGUCUGCUCACAGAAACCCAGAAAGAGUGGGAGUCAACUCCUCCGCCGACGUACGUAUUGGUUCGGUUGCCAGCCAUGUCCUCAAGAGUCCGUACAAGGGCUUCGGUACCGUUAAGCGUCAACUCCAAGCGAGCCCUUCGUGCAUCGAUAGUAGACAGAACCUGCUGCACCUGUUCGGAAGUGUUCUAACCAUGACCAUACCGAUCAUAAUGGUCAUCGUUGGCGGCCUGCAGCAAGUCCACUUCAUCAGCAAGGACAUUAGGGGCACAUCACUGCCCGCUUCUUGA